ACGCCCGAAAGAAAAAUUAAGAAAACGAAGUUCCAAAGUACAUUUCAAAUUCUCCUUCUGCAGCCGCUUUGUUGUUCUUCUUCUUCUUCAAUGUUCACGAUACAUAUCUCAUAACCCCGAAAAGGCGGCGACCAGGACCAGGACCAGGACGAUAGUAAGGAGCCCAGCGUCUUCCCACUUGACGACGCAGCCAUGAUGAACCGGGUCUGCUUCGUUCUGCCCGCGGAUCAGUCCGGCGAGAUCUAUCGAAAGCCCGCGAAAGAAGGGCUCGAGAAACAGCGCCAUCGGUAUUGUGGAGGUCCGGUUCUUGGUUUAAUUCGCAAGCAGUUGCAUAGGCUGCAUGACUCCAGAUGGGCGGUGAAGUUUUGCCAUCGUCAAGAAGAGGACGGCGGCGAUCGGGAAGAAAAGCCCAAGAAGCAACAGUCUGGUGUCUUCUUUGACAUGGAAGGAGUCCAAUUAGCUGACAAGGUUGGGAAGGAGAAUCCCAGGAUCUUCAGCUACUCGGAGCUCUACAUUGGCUCUAAUGGAUUCAGUGAGAAUGAGGUUCUUGGAAGUGGAGGCUUCGGAAGGGUGUACCGCGCGGUCUUGCCGAGCGAUGGAACGGUGGUCGCGGUGAAAUGCGUGGUGGAGAGAGGGGAGAGGUUCGAGAAGACCUUCGAGGCGGAGCUCCUGGCAGUGGCCCAUCUCCGGCACCGGAAUUUGGUCCGGCUCAGAGGGUGGUGUGUCCAUGAGGAUCAGCUGCUACUUGUCUAUGACUACAUGCCGAACCGGAGCUUGGACCGAAUUCUGUUCCAACGGGCCGCGGAGAGCCCAGCCCCUUCGCCUCUCAGCUGGGAGAGGCGACGGGAGAUCGUCCGAGGAUUGGCAGCCGCUCUGCAUUACCUCCAUGAGCAGCUAGAGACGCAGAUCAUCCACCGUGAUGUCAAGACGAGCAACGUGAUGCUCGAUUCUCACUUCAACGCCCGGCUUGGGGACUUCGGGUUGGCCCGGUGGCUCGAGCACGAGCUCGAGUACCGUGCCGAGGCGGCGCCACCGCCGUCCAAGAUCCACAGCCGGUUCCAUUUGGCGGAGACCACCAGGAUCGGUGGCACUAUCGGGUACAUGCCACCUGAGAGCUUCCAGAGGCGGAGCGCUGCGACGUCCAAGUCAGAUGUCUUCAGCUUCGGGAUCGUAGUGCUGGAGGUGACCUCCGGGAGGCGGGCAGUCGACCUCGCGUGCCCGGACGAGCAAAUCGUGUUGCUUGAUUGGGUCAGGAGGCUAUCUGACGAAGGCAGGCUGCUAAAAGCAGGGGACAGUAGGCUAUCCGACGGCUCGCACCGCCUCUCAGACAUGGAAAACAUGAUCCAUCUCGGCCUGCUCUGCACGCUCCAUGACCCGCAGUGGCGGCCGAGCAUGAAAUGGGUGGUUGAGGUGCUUUCCGGCGACGUUCCGGGGAAGCUGCCCGCCCUCCCUUCCUUCCAGUCAUACCCCUUGUACAUCUCUCUGGCCUCCCCGACAAGCACAAGUAUGAGCAGCACGACCACGGGACUAGGCCGGUCCGGCACCACGUCGACCACCACUACCACGAAUGGCACCGCAUUUAGCCCGUCCCACUAUGUCACUGCUGAUGCCGAAACCAUAUAUGCGACAGCCGAAAGAGGAGAGACCAAUAGCAAUACUGACAAUUCCUCCUCCGCUAACGGCGGUGGCCGUCCCCGAGCGAAUGCUUUCUUCUCGGUCGAAACCCCGCGCGAGAUAUCAUACAAAGAGCUCGUCGCUGCCACAGAAAAUUUCUCCGAGUCGCGGAGGGUUGCAGAGCUAGACUUUGGGACGGCUUACCGCGGGUUCCUCGAUAACCGGCAGCACAUCCUGGUCAAGAGGCUCGGCAUGAACAAGUGCCCUGCACUACGAGCCCGGUUCUCGAAUGAGUUGCACAAUUUGGGCAGGCUCCGGCAUCGCAACCUAGUGCAGCUCCGUGGAUGGUGCACCGAGCAAGGAGAGAUGCUCGUAGUGUACGACUACUCGACGAACUGCCUCCUGAGCCAUCUCCUGUUCCAUCAUGAGGAUCCACGGAGGGGCCGCCCCGUCUUGCGAUGGCGUCAAAGGUACAACAUCAUCAGGUCGCUCGCUUCUGCGAUUCUUUACCUUCAUGAAGAUUGGGACGAGCAAGUGAUUCACAGAAACAUCACCUCUUCCGCCAUCGUUCUCGAUCCAGACAUGAACCCGCGGCUUAGCUGUUUUGCCCUUGCCGAAUUCUUGACAAGAAACGAUCAAGGGCAUCGCGCAGCGCAAAGUGCAAACAGAUCGGUUCGAGGGAUCUUCGGCUACAUGUCGCCUGAGUAUAUUGAAUCAGGGGAAGCAAACACGAUGACAGACAUAUACAGCUUCGGUGUCGUGAUACUUGAGGUGGUCACAGGAUGUAUGGCGGUCGAUUUUCGGAGGCCUGAAGCGUUCCUAGUGAGAAGGGUGUCUGAAUUAGAGGCACAGAUGAAAGCAAUAGACGAAUUGGUUGACAUGAGACUGAACGGCGAGUAUGAUCCUAGAGAACUGAUGAGAUUGGUCAAAUUGGGAAUGGCAUGCACGAGAUCCGACCCGGGAUCAAGACCGAGCAUCAGGCAGAUUGUGAGCAUCCUCGACGGGAAUGAUCGGUGCUUCUUACGAUGUCAGAACGAGAGCGUGAAUGAGUGGAAGCAAAGGAAUGCCACUUCUUUGUCAAUGAUUAGAAGUAUGCAAGCUCUAGGAAUUCAAUAGGAUCUGCCAAACCAGUAUGAGAUUUUAUAAGAGAAGAAACUUGA